UUCCCCCUCCUUUGCACAGUCAGACGUGCGCGUCUAGUCCUCAGGCACAAGUGGAGCUUUGCUUGGUUCUGUCCGUUGGAUGCUGCUGGAGUUUCGUUUUCUCUUCUGGAGCGAAGUCGAAUUUUUACGAAGCUUUUCCUUUGGGGCGAAUGAGUGUCAUUUCAACGACUGCAUGAACCUAGUUGUGGACAUUUCGGAGCUCUUGCAAGGUGAAGAUGAGCAGUGAAACGCACUCGCAUUUGGGACUGCAGAAGCCCUCGAUGACUUUCGUCAGCGACUUUGACUUAAUGAAGUUCGGCGUGAAAAAGGAGGCCGUGCAGGCCAUGGAACGAUCCCUCAUCGGGCCCUGCAGCCAGCUCCACAGACCAGACUCGGUGUCAUCUACCCCUGGGAGCACACCUGGCAACUCCAUGCCGUCGUCGCCAAACCUCCCUCCAAACGAGCUGCGAAACAACCCCGAGGACUCCUUUUGGAUAGCUACCAACGGGGCUUACCCUCACCCUCAGAUGUACCCUCAAGCUUUUGGGCUGACCCCAGAGGAUGCAGUCGAGGCGCUCAUCGGGGCCACCACGCAGCAGGGACACCCGCCCGCGCCCCACGGCCACCAGCAACCACCAUUCCCGAUCGAGUACGAAGGCUACAACCAGCUCGGCGAGACCGCGCAUCACUACUCGGAGCUUUCGGGUCCCCCAGAAAUGCUCCCGAGUAGCCACUGCCAAGACCCCUUUCUCAAGAACGACAUGGGCAGCGCCUCCCCAGAGUUGCCCGACGAGGUCAGCGGAGCGCACCACAACCAUGGCCACCUUCAGGGGCAGCACCGGCGAGCCAACACCGAGUGUCACUUUUCGGAUGACCAGCUGGUGUCCAUGUCGGUGAGGGAGCUCAAUCGGCUCCUCCGGGGCCUCAGCAAGGACGAAGUCAUGCGCCUCAAGCAGAAGCGGCGGACCCUGAAAAACCGAGGCUACGCGCAAUCGUGCCGCUACAAGCGCGUCCAGCAGAAACACAUCUUGGAGCACGAGAAGACCAGCCUGGUGUCCCAGGUGGAGCAGCUCAAACACGAACUCAACAGGCUGGCGCGAGAGAGGGAUGCGUACAAAAUGAAGUGCGAGAAACUGUCCGGCGCAAACUGCUACCACGAAACCGGGUCAACCAGCGACAACCCUUCCUCGCCCGAGUAUAUCAUGUGAAGUGUGUUGAUUCUCUGCAAGGAGUGAGACGUAGUAUGUGCUAUAUCUCCUCUCCAAAAACCAGCAGCCAACUUUGCUUUUCAACAAUCACUUGCUCAUUGUUUAAUUCAUGUAAGAUUCAAAUAUCAAAUAAUUGUCAUGAAUGAAGGCGCUCAACGAAGCAUGCAUGCAGGACAUGUGAGCUGUUUAGAUCUGCAUUUUGUGUCAAAUCACAUACUUGAAAUCAUCCCCAGCAGUUUCUUUUUAUUUACAUUUUAACCCCACUUGAUUUUGCUUAGAUUAUUUUUUUUGUUUGGUAUUAUCGCUAUCUUGUGAAUUCAAAUAUACAUUGAAGACAAUGAUGCUAGUUUUCUCCGCAGCAUUAUUUUUACCGAGCUGAUUCUGCUGGACAGAUGUCUGAAUUCUUUACACUUGCUUAUCGUUUUGUAAAGAAAACACAAUUAUGCAAAUUGCUUUUGUGUUUUUCAUAUACUAAGGAUCAAUAAAAAUGAUUGUGACUUUUUAUACCAAA